GGGCGGAGCGAGUUUGGUUGCAUUUUCACCCAUACAUAGGCGCGGACCGGCGUGUCCUUGGGAUUAGAGAGUGGGACGUUCGGCUUGCGAGCGGGAACGGCUUAGUCGUACACGGAGAAAGAACGAUUUAAAAAUGUGUGAUGUUGAGAAGGGCAAGAAGAUUUUUGUUCAGAAGUGUGCCCAGUGCCAUACUGUGGAAAAGGGAGGCAAGCACAAGACUGGGCCAAAUCUCCAUGGUCUGUUUGGGCGAAAGACAGGUCAGGCUGUCGGAUUCUCUUACACAGAUGCCAACAAGAACAAAGGCAUCACCUGGGGAGAGGAGACGCUGAUGGAGUAUUUGGAGAAUCCCAAGAAGUACAUCCCUGGAACGAAAAUGAUCUUCGCUGGCAUUAAGAAGAAGGGAGAAAGGGCAGACUUGAUAGCUUAUCUCAAAAAAGCUACUAAUGAGUAAUAGUUGGCCACUGCCUUAUUUAUUAUGAAACAAAUGUCUCAUGACUUUUUAUGUGUACCAUAUUUAAAUUGAUCUCAUACACUAGAAUUCAGAUCAUGAAUAGCUGAUGUAAUAUUUCUGUCCUGAUUUAAAUAAGAUUGGCUUGUGGCUAAAUGAAUAUGGUCAGCUUUUUGAAUUUUGAUAGUAAUUCUGGUUCAGCAAGUACUAUCACUGUUUUCCCCUUCUAAAGAGAUGAUUAAACUUGAAUAAGGAAUGUUAAACUUUUCAGGGAUAUGGUGAAUGCCUUCUCAAACCCUAUAGGAGAUUGGUUUUAUAUUUAGAUUUCUAUAACUGGUUAUAUUAAUAUAUUUAAAUAUUGAGAAGCUCCCUUCACUGUCUCAUAGACCGGCAAGAUUCACCUGUGUUUCAAGUUGUGUUCAUUCACCUGUUAAGGCAAGGGCUGAAGAUACGCUGACAAUGUCCACUUUAUCUUUUUGGUCUUAACUAUGCCAAUUUAAUUAAAAUUCUCCAUCUAAAA